GUCAUCAUCAGUCAGGGUUUGUUUUGUCUUUGAUUAGUUCGUCGUGGAAAUUUGUGAAAGGCAGUCGUGUACUAUGUCGGAACCUUAUAAACUUGGUGAUUUAGUUUGGGCUAAAAUGAAGGGGUUCAGCCCUUGGCCCGGCCGGGUCGCCAUUCCUACUCCAGAGCUCAAGCUCCCUAAGAAGGCGACAAAUGUGCAAUGCAUCUACUUCUUUGGAACUAACAACUACGCCUGGAUAGAGGAGAAUAACAUUAAGCCGUACCAGGAGUUCAAGGAGCAGCUCAUCAAGUCGUGCAAGACCGCCGCCUUCAAGGAGGCCGUCAACCAGAUCGAGGAGUUCAUCGAACAUCCUGAGAAAUUCGGUGACUUGGACGACCACGCACGCAACGCUGAAGAGGAGUUCGACAAGCUGAAGGACGUGCUGGAGGAAGAGGAGACGCGCCAGGCGCACGACGAGCCGGAGGAAGGUUCCUCGCCCGAGGUCAAGAAGAAGAGUGCCACCCCUAAGAUACGUUUGGGCAUUUCAAAGGUGAAGCCUAUAAAACGGUCGUCGUCAGCCGGCACCAAGGGCACGCCCCGCAAGAAGGCAAAGAGCAGCGGCGCGCGAUCCUUCACCGAUUCAGACCUCGCCACCGAGAAGCCCUCGAUGUUCAACCACUCGUUCUCCAAGAAGUCCAGCUUGCUGCAUCGCCCCUCCAACAUUCUGCGACCCGAGACUCCUCCGUUGGACCUGGAGAACGUCUCCGAGACACUACUUGAGAAGAACAUCAAGGCCAGCCAGAUGAAAUUCGGGUUCCUUGGGCUCGGCAUCAUGGGCAGCGGCAUCGUCAAGAACCUGCUCAACUCCGGACAUAAGGUCGUGGUGUGGAACAGGACGGCUGCCAAGUGCAAAGACUUCGAGAAAGUGGGCGCCACCAUCGCCGUGACACCGUGCGACGUCGUGGAGGAAGCGGACAUCACAUUCUCGUGCGUGGCCGACCCUCAGGCUGCGAAGGAGAUGGUGUUUGGCAACUGCGGAGUGCUGCACUGCCCGACGCUGGAGUCGAAGGGCUACGUGGAAAUGACGUCGAUUGACGCUGACACCUCACACGACAUUGUCGAGGCCAUCAGCGGGAAGGGCGGCAGAUACCUGGAGGCACAGAUCCAAGGCUCGAAGACACAAGCGGAGGAGGGCACGCUGAUCAUCCUGGCGGCCGGCGACCGCUCGCUGUUCGACGACUGCCAGUCGUGCUUCAAGGCGAUGAGCAAGAACUCCUUUUACCUUGGUAGUAGUCAGCUUCUCCAGUUGCUGGCGCGAGGAAACUUGCCCGCUGACACUUGCACUCGAUAUGUCAAGAACUAUGGCAACGCCAUCAACUAUCAUAGUCCGUCCCGGCAAUUGCCCACCUGUAUGGCUAGCCCGGCCUAUCCGACGGUGGUGGUAGCCCGUGCUAUACAGGUGGACGCCCUCAGCUCGCUGACCAUCACCGUGGAGGGUGGAGAGGACUCAACUGCGGUCGAUCUCUUGGCCAUCACUGCUUUAAAAGAAAAACUGCCAAAGUGUACUCAUAUAAACAAUCGUACAAUUGCAGCGAUGAUCGAGUCGAUGUACUCGACGCACCAGCCGCUGUCGCACAUGCAGAAGGACCUGAAGCUGGCGCUGGGGCUGGGCGACGCGCUGGAGCAGUCGCUGCCGCUGACGGCGACCACCAACGAGAUCUUCAAGCACGCCAAGCGCCUCGGCUACGCCAACCACGACGCCGCCGCCGUCUACAUCCGAGCGCGCUUCUGAUCGCCGGCCGCGAUCGCCGCGCUCGCUGCCGUCGCUGCCGUCGCUGCGCUGUAUCUUUUUGCACCUGAUCUAGACGCAUCCGAGGGUAUACCCCUGGACUGAACGGUACAGGUGACGUUUUAUAGAACUAUGUGUUGAAUAAGUUUCAUGAAGUUGCGCACGCGCAUAAAGAUGUGACAGAUGUUCUGCUUACUUAACUCUUAAGUAUGAAUGUUGAAUAAGUUUCAUGAGGUUGCGCACGCACACCAAUUAAUGUGACAUGUUCUGCUUACUUCACUUUGAUUCGCAUUAGACUUUAUGUGGUAGCUGAUAAUUGGAUAUUGAUGUUUUUCGAACGAUUUUAAUAUUUUUAAUGAAAUCUACUAUUGGUCUAGAACAUUAUGUAUCAUGUUGCGACAUCAGUCUUUCUGCUAUCCCUUAAACUGUUGACAGUGUGGCAAUUUUUUUAUCUGUAUAUUAUUUUACUCUUUAGUGUACAAAAUUGAAACAAGCCUAAUUUUGCAAUAUCAUUUUUAUACACAACAGGAUUACCACAACUGUCAUCAACUAAUCAAUAGUAGAUAUUCAUAAAAUUACAUAAUACACUAAAUAGCACAGAAAAAGUAGUAUGUAUUGAUGCAAUCUUGAGCUAUUAUCAUUUCUUUUCAAUACAAAAGCAAUUAACUGCUUUUUUAGCAUAAUAAAGAGUGGAAAUUAAUACUAUUAAUUUGAUCUAUCCCACGUGGUGGUAUGUAAACACUAUUUUCAAUUCAGUGGAUGUCAGCAGCGAUGUCUUGUGGCUUUAUUUCAAUAUAUUGCGAUAACAUUGUUUGCCGAUUUCUUCAUUAUUUUAAUAACAAUUGACGUAAAAUUCUACAUGACCAAAUUGUAAAUAAAAUGUAUGUUAGUCCAAAAGAAUAUUUGCAACAUUUAUUGCUUCAUACAUUUAUCAACAAAAAGUGUAGAUAGACAGAUACAUAUUUUCUGUUGUGUUCAGUGAAAUCCAUUUUUGCGGAAUGGAUUUCUUGACUCUAGCUUGUAUAUGAAACGUCCUAUAGUAUAAAUAAAUGUAUUAUGCUACCUUUUAAUAUAAGUUCUUAUGUUUGUACUCAGUAUAUCCCUAGAAUAAAUGGGAAUGAUUUCUGCUCAAGGAAAAAUGCUUGCUUAAAAUUAUGUGGUGGGAAUUAUGUUUCCUUCUUUAUGUAACGUUCGUAUAAUAUGGUUGGCGCUCGCUUGCGAUACGGCAGCAUGGGCUCGGCGGCUGGAGACGUCUCAAGGGUAAGUUUUGACAAAUUAGAAAUAAUAGAGUAAAUAAUGUACAGUAACUGUACAAUUUUGCGUUUUAAUUGUAUGCACUGAAAAUGUAAUCCUGGCAACACUUUGAAUUGGCCUUUUACUUUGUAUGCCGAUUUACAAAUACUUGUUUAAUUUUUCUUUAAAGAUUUUUAUCAUCAUUAUUCAUAUCUAAUUUUAGAUAUGGCAAUUUUUCAGUGUUGCCAGGACAUUUAAAAUAUAAAAUCUAUCUCUCGCAGGGAAAUCUAUUUAAUAUAAAUGAAGAUUAAGAAUUUAGUGUUACACAUUAUACAAGAAUAGGUAAAAUAUAUUAAGUAUGAGAUUCUUCUUGUAACGGACUUUGGAACUAUACAACUUAGUUUUUUAUCAAUCAAAAAUAGUUUUAAUGAUUUAUUUGUCCUAAUUUUAAUAGAAUCAUUGUGACCUCUUUAAUAAUUCUCCAAUAUCAGUUAGUUCUUAUUUUAGCUUAAUGAAUUGAGCAAGCACAUUUUUAAGUAAAUUAGUUUAUAAGUGUGCGUUUGAGCACUAUGUGUAGUGUUAAGGACCAUUAACUUUAAAUGUUAGUACAUACAUAACUUCCAAAGUGUCUUACAUUUGUUGCAUUUAUGUUUGUAUGUAUUGCCACAGUUUGGGUGUAUGAGUUUAAACUUUUAAGAUCUGUUUUGUUUAAUUCAAGAUUAAAUCAGUUACACAAAGCUUUUAUUUUAAACGCUUCAUAAUAACUCUGUAAAUUUUUGUUGUUGUUCCUGAAUAAUUUCUUGUACCAAGAGACUAUAUUUGUCUAUCUGUAGUUUAAACAACAAAAUUGAGCAUUUAAAAGGGUGUUGUAAAAAAAACAAAAUUGAGCAUUUAAAAGGGUGUUGUAAAAAAAUUAAAUGUUGUGUAGAAGACAAACAUGAUACUUAUUUGAUGUGAAAUGUAUUAAAAGUAGUUA